AUGCGCCAAGCGCACGACGACAUCUGGCCCGACGCCUUCCCGAACAGUCCUCAAUAUGUCAUCCACGACCAACCUGAGGGCAUAGGCGAUGCUGGCUGCGUCCUUCCGCUGCAGCGGCUGCAGCUCUACGUAGAAUUCCUGCGUGCGUCCUCCGAUUGUUACCGAUACGCAAUUGUUCUGAAUUUUUGCAGCGCGUCCGCGAGCAAGGCGUCGGCCAAUCGGGAUCGCAGCCACUCCGUCUGGGACUGCCGUGCUGUAGGACUUCAACCUUGGGACCUCAUGGCCGCCUCGUCGUGCGUGUGGGUUAUGUAG